AUGUGGGAUUUUGAGCAUUGCGAUCCCAAGCGCUGUUCAGGAAAAAAACUCGUCCGUAUGGGCAUGGUCAAAACCCUCAAGAUUAACCAGCGAUUUCUUGGAGUGUGUAUGACUCCCAAUGGUGAGCAGGCAGUUUCGCCAUCGGAUCGGGAAGUCGUCAGAGAACAUGGACUUGCGGUUGUUGAUUGUUCCUGGGCCAAACUCGGGGAUGUACCCUUCAAAAAACUUCGAGCAGGACACGAUCGCCUCUUGCCCUACUUGAUUGCCACGAACCCUGUCAACUAUGGACGGCCAUGGAAGUUGAACUGCGUCGAGGCUUUGGCGGCAUGUUUUUAUAUCACUGGGUUCGAUGAGUAUGGCGAUGAGCUGUUAUCAAAGUUCAAAUGGGGGCACGCUUUCAAGAAGGUCAAUGGUGAGCUGCUAGCCAAAUACUCUAACUGCACGGAUUCUUCAUCCGUGAUUGCCGCCCAAAACGAAUAUCUUGCUAUGAUCGAGAAGGAACAUAAUGAACGGCACGACGGCGAGCACAGUGACGACGAUCUAAUGGUCCGUAACACCAACCAUUCCUUGAUGGACUUUGAUGAGGAUGGAAGCGAUGAAGGCAGUGACGAGGAGGAUAGCGAAGAGGAAGAAGAGGAUAGCGAAGAAGAGAACAGUGACCAUAGAGAGAGUGAGCAAGAAUCAAGCGAAGAAGACGACAAGGAAGAGGGGGAUGAAGAGAGCGAGGACGAAUCUAUCUCUCGAUCAAUGAAACAAACCCAUAUUAAAUAA